AUGCUAUGUUGGAGGGUACAGGGUAGGCAGCUUAGACUUGGUCGUUUUGAGAGCUGCCAGCGUUCAGGGCGGCUACAGGGUAGGCAGGUUUGGCCCGGUCGUUUCGAGGGCUACGAGCCAGCUGGGACGGCAGCUCGAGCCGCCACGGGGUGCCCAGCGUCCGGCGAGUUCAUCUGGCCAGUCGCAGAGGCUGUCUGGGAGACGGUUCAGGAGAUAUUCACUCUGGCCCUCGAGCCCGGUCUGGCGUGCGACCCACAAAAACACCCUCGGAGGGUAUAUGAGAGGGGAGCAAAGCAGCCCGGCCUGAAAGGACUUCCACUGCGUGCUGAUUCACUGGUUUGGCGACCCAUGGUCCCGCAGCGUCUCAGCAUAGUGGUUCGUCGACCCCCACGAAACGGCUUCACUGACCGCGUACUGGGGAUGCCUGCGUUACAGCAGCUUGGCUUCGGCCUCGUUGCUAGCAGUUGGGUUCUGUGGAUGGCUGGCCGCUGGCUACGCCUGAAACUGAGCAUCGGGAGGUAA